AUGUCAUUAUCAACAUCAACAUCAACAAAGCCAAAGGCACCACCAUCAACAACAAUAGCACUGGUAACAUCACCAUCUUCACCAUCAUUGAAAUUGUUUAAAUCCAAAAGAAAGAUAAAAAAUCUCAAAAAUUUAACAAUAAUUGGUCCAUUGAGUGAACAACAACCAGGUAAGAAUGUUAAAGUGAUUACAACAACAACAACAACAACAACAACAACAACACCUUCCUCUUUCUCAUCAUCAUCAUCAUUGAUGUCACCUAUUACACCACAAACUCCAAAUAUUCCCAAAACACCAAAAACACCAAAACAUUCAAAACAUGCAAGUAGUGGAACAUCAUCAAUAAUAGCUGAUAUACAAUCUAUAUCUUUACCAUCAAUAACAAAAUCAUUAUUACCAAAUUCCUCAUCAUCAUCAUCAUCAACAUCAACACCAACAUCAUUAGCCAAAACAUUAUCCAUGCCAAUGUUAUUCAAUCAAGAGAAGCAUUCCAAAUUUCCACAACUAGAAGAAAAUAACAAUAACAAGGAGGAAGAAGAAGAAGAAGAAAAAGAAGGGGGUUUAAUUGAUUUAACUAAUAAAAGUAUUAUUUUAAUAACCAAAUAUGAUUUUAUUAGUGAUGAUAAAGAUCAAUUAAAUAUUAAGGCGAAACAAUUUUUAAAAUUAUUACAAAAAUUAGGUAAUGGAUGGUUAUUAGUUCAUGAUUUAUAUGAUAAAUCCAAAUUAGGAUUAAUUCCUGCUUCUUACGUUGAUAUUGCUUUAAAUGACCCAUUAGAACCAAUUAAAUUGACUUGGUUAUAUGAAUAUAGCAAGCAAAAACCACUACUGCUGGUGCUGCUGCUUCUGCUGCUUCUGCUGCUGCCACCACCACCAUCUACUAAACAAUUGGGAAUUGAAGAAACAUUAAAUGAACCACUAUCACCACCACCACCACCACCAUCAUCAUCAUCACCCUUUAUAAUGAUUGAGAAUAACAAUACAUCAAAAAGUUUAAGAUUUGAAAUUGAUCAAAUUUUUUAUAAUAAAUCAAAUAAAUCAUUUUGGUAUAAAAUCAAAUAUUAUGAUAAUUUAAAUCAUCAAAUUAUUUAUUUAGGUAAAUUUUAUAAAGAUUUUUAUCAAUUACAUGAUGGAAUAAUAUCCCAAUAUAAUAUUAACAAUAAUAAUAAUAWUAAYAAUAAUAAUGCUAAUAAUAUUAACAAUAAAAAUACAAAUGAUUUAUCAAUUAAAUUACCACCACCAAUUUUAAGAAAUUCUUUAUAUCAUUCACCAAAUGUUAAAUUUGAUAAAAAUUUAAUUGAAAAUUCUUAUAAAUUAUUAAUUAGAUUAAAUGAUUAUUUAAAUCAAUUAAUAAAUCAUUGGCCCAAUAUAUUGAAUGAAUGUCCUAAAUUUCAUGAUUUUAUUUAUAAUUGUAAUAAUAUAAUUGUUAAUAAUAAUAAUAAUAAUAAAGGAACAACUCCAACAACAAUCAUAACUAAUGAAACAAUAAUUAAAUCAUUUUAUCCAAAUUCAAUUAUGAUAAAUAAAAAUAUUCAUGAUAAUUCUGUUACGUUUUCAAAAACUGCUCCAUUACCUAAAUUAUCAACCAUAACAACAAAACAAAUGAGUAAUAAUAUAAGACCAACAUCAAUCAAUAUUAGUACUACAAAAACACCAACAACUACUAGUACUACCAAUAAACCAGUGAUUGCUAGUUCUACCACUAGUAGUAAUCGGAUUUUUAGAUUACCUGAUCAAUAUAUUAAUAAUUCAACAUAUAUUGACCAACUCAGCAAGAAAAUAAGAGAUAAUACCACUAUUAAUAGUACUAGUACUACAACCACCACCGCCAAGGCAAAUAACACUAAAAAUUUUGACAAUUUAUCUACUAUUGUUCAUUCAGAAAGUGACAAAUCAUUAUUUAGUUAUACAUCAAUAAUUAAUACCUACAACAAUAAUAGUAAUAAUAAUAAUAUUAAUAAUAUUGAUGAUGAUGAUGAUGAUGAUAUUGCUAGUGUUGGUUUAUCACAAUCAUCUUCAGAGCAAGCUAGUUCAAGUAGUAACUAUAUUUCUGAUGAUUCAAUUCUUGAAAUCCAAAACAAAGAAGACAACAACAACAACAACAAUGAUGAUGAUAAAUUGUUGGAUAAUUUUUCAAACCUAUUAUCAUCAUCAUCAUCUUUUUCUUUUCGUUCAUUAUUACCAAUGACAAAUAUCAAUAAUCAUGAAAGAAUUAAUUCACUUUUACAAUUAGAUUCUCAAAGAUUAGAUAAUCAUCAAAGAAUAAAUUCAAUUCAAAGUGAACCUGAAGAAAGUAUAUUUGAUAAAAUUCCUCAACCUCAAGAACAUUAUAAUCAUAAUCAUAAUCAUAAUCAACAUAAUCGAUAUUGUAGUAGUUGUACUACUGCUACUAAUCAUAGUUCAAAAAUGAAUUCACCUUCAACUACACCAUUAACAAUUAAUUCUCAUGAUGAAUCAGGAAGAGGAGAAAGAGGAGGAGAAAAAGGAAAAGGAAUAGAAGUGUUUGAAAAGUUUCCUGCUAGUAGUAAUAUUGAUAAACCAUUACCUUUACCACCAAGUUUACCAUCAUCAUCUUCUUCAUCUUCUUUUUCAUCUUCGGGUUGUUCAACAAAAUAUCCAAUGACAAUUAUACCAACGGCAACAGUUAAAUCCAUGACAAUAAAUUCACCCAUGAAUGCAAUUACUGAACAUACUGCAAAAACUUAUUGUUGUAAUGAUUUAUCACUUUUAUCAUCACCGUCGUCUCCAUCUCAUCCUACAACAAGGUCAUUAUCCGCUUCUUCUUCUUCUUCUUGUUGUUGUUGUUGUUGUUCUUCUUCUUCUUGUUGUCGUUAUUGUUCAUCUUCUUCAAAUGCGUCAUUUUUCGAAAUAUCUAUGAAUAAUAUCAUUAAUGAAUUAGAUGAAUUUGAAUUUGCCAUUGAUGAUGAUGAUCAUCAACAUCAUCAACAACAAAUAAUUGAUAAAACCACUACUUUGGAUAAGAUUGAAGUUGAAGUUUAUUUGAAUAAAAUAGGUACAUGUGGUGUUGAAUCCACUGAUAUUGAUACUGAUUUAAUUAAAUUUCAAUUAUUUAAACAUGAUAUAUUAUCAAUUGAUUAUUUAAAAAAAAUUAUCAGUUUUAAAAUGUAUAAUGAUUAUGAAUUAUUAAAUCAUUUCAAUUUAUUAUUAAUAAAGACUGAUAAGAACAUCUUCACAAAUGAUAAUGAUGAGGAUGAGGAUGAGGAUGAGGAUGAGGAUGAAAAUAAGUUGAUUUUACUUGAUGAUGACAAAAUUUUAACAAAUUAUAUUAAUCAAUUAUCAAUAAUUAAAUUGAAUUUAAUUAGAUCAAGAGCUAAAAGAGAAACUAUUUCUUAA